CGUCAAUUGAGUCGUAGACCAGAGAAGAGGAAUCGGACAAGCAGUGUCCUCUCCUUGUCUCAAGCAUCCUUGAAUUCCUUCUCGUCUUUCUCUUCAGCGCUCGACAACCCCCUUGCCCCUCUCCAACCACCCCACGCAGACCCUGCAUAAACAACAAAUAUUGCACCACCCCGCCCACCAACCUUCUUCCUCCCCUCUCUCCCCUACAUCCUCACCGGCAAACACGUUACAAUGUCCGAAAUCCACCGCGCCAGCACCACCGCCCCCGUCAACAUCGCCGUAAUAAAAUACUGGGGCAAACGCGACCCCAAGCUCAACCUCCCCACAAACUCCUCUCUCAGCGUCACGCUCUCCCAAUCCGACCUGCGCACCCACACCACCGCCUCCUGCUCCGCUUCCUACCCACCGCAAGACUCCCUGCUGCUCAAUGGCAGCUCGCAAGACGUCUCUGGCGCGCGGACGCAGGCCUGCUUCAGAGAGUUGCGAGCGCUGAGGAAGAAGAUGGAGGAUGAGGAUGGCAGCUUGCCAAAGCUGAGCAGCAUGCCACUGAAGAUUGUGAGCGAGAACAAUUUCCCGACUGCGGCGGGGCUGGCGAGCAGUGCGGCGGGGUUUGCGGCGCUGGUGAGGGCUAUUGCGAAUUUGUACGAGCUGCCUGCCUCUCCGACGGAUCUUUCGAGGAUCGCGAGACAGGGUUCUGGGUCAGCGUGCAGGAGUUUAUUUGGCGGUUACGUUGGCUGGGAACAAGGCUCGAAAGAAGAUGGGAGCGACAGCGUGGCAUUCCAGGUCGCGCCUGCGGAGCACUGGCCGGGGAUGCGGGCUAUUAUCCUCGUUGUGAGCGCAGCGAAGAAGGGUGUGAGUUCUACGACGGGCAUGCAGACUACGGUUGCGACGUCGUCGCUAUUUCCGGCAAGAGCUAGCGAGACGGUGCCGAGGCGGAUGAAGGAGAUGCAGAAGGCUAUCCAGGAGAAGGACUUCGAGACGUUUGGCAAAGUCACGAUGAUGGACAGCAACUCGUUCCAUGCUACCUGUCUAGAUACGUAUCCGCCGAUCUUCUACCUCAACGAUGUAUCGCGAGCUGCUAUCAAGACCGUGGAAAGCAUCAACACGGCUGCGGGGAAGAUCAUUGCGGCAUAUACGUUCGACGCGGGACCGAAUGCCGUGGUGUACUACCUUGAGGAGAACGAGAAGGAGGUGGCGGGCUUGUUUAAAGCUGCUUUGGAGGAUAAGGACGGAUGGAGCGGGAAAAGAGGGGAUGCUGUGCAAGUCAAUGCGGUGGCCCUAGAGAAGGCUAACACUGUUGCGGGUGUUGCCGUUGGUAUGCUGAAGGAAGGCGUGAGCAGAGUCAUCCUGACAGGCGUCGGAGAAGGACCCGUACGGACUGAGGAGAGCUUGAUUGACGAGAAAGGGGAGCCCAUCUCAUAAUGACAGAUCAAAGACGCUAAAUGCUAGAGAAGAUACCCACAGUGCGUUGCAGAUCCUCUAUACGACUCUUCAUAAAUUUGGUCGGUCGAAAACUCAGCCGGGAGGACUUCAGUGUCGCUUACCGAGUCAGGGUUCUGAUUCAACUUUGCUCCUUUUUGCAGCCUUCCUAUUUCUCCCCCGACUCAUGGCCGUGGUAAUCGCAAAUAUGCAAGUCCUUGAGCUUGAUCCCGCGGACACGCAUCUCCGUAGACCUCUCCAUAUAUCUGA